AUGUCGGGGACAACGAUUGAUGAUGUCGUAAAGCGACUCAGUAGCGCCGACAUAGAUACCAAAUCCAAAGUAGAGGCCGCUACCACGUUGCGCGACUCCUUAGACCACUACACAACUGGUCCCAUAUACCCUCCAUUCCUGAAGAGGUUGAUGCCCAUCUUCGUGAACAUCUUGCGUGGACCAUGCAUCUUCCAGAGCAACUCACCAGAUCAGAAACUACGGAACUGUAUUCUGGAAGUUCUUCACAGAUUGCCCAGCGCGCCCUCGCCCGCCGAGCCUCUCGAGCCCUAUGCCAUUGAAGUCGUGGAUCUUCUCAUGCAGCUAGUGCGUACCGACAACGAGGACAAUGCCACAUUAUGCGUCAAAAUCACAUCCGACAUUAUGCGCCAUCAGCACAAAGUACUGCAGGGCAAGGUCCAGCAGUUCCUGUCGUUGAUCCAGGAGCUUUUCGAGCAAAUGGACAAGGUAGUGCGCGAACAGCUAGACAAUGCAGCCUCCCCUCCUUUAGCGGUUGGGGGCGCGCCAUCCACGCCCGGCGGCUCACAGAAUUUCCAGUCACCUCGACCAGCAUCGCCCGUUGCAUCAGUCACCGAGCUCGGGGCCGACCCCCAACAGCAGAAUCGCCCUCUUUUGAAAGGGAUGCAGUCCUUCAAAGUCUUGUCAGAGUGUCCAAUCAUAGUGGUGUCUAUAUUUCAGGUGUACCGUAAUACCGUUCAGCAAAAUGUCCGGGCUUUUGUACCCCUCAUCAAGUCAGCACUGCAGCUUCAGGCUAGCGCGCAAAAGCAAGCGCACGCAGAUGCCGCCGCCAAAGGCAAGAUUCACACUGGUGUCAGUCCUCUCAUAAAGAAUCGGGCGGCAUUUGGCGAUUUUAUCACUGCUCAAGUCAAAACGAUGAGCUUCUUGGCCUACUUGCUCAGACAACACUCAUCACAACUCACAGAUUUUCUGCCGAGCCUGCCCGACAUCGUCGUGCGACUGCUUAAGGACUGUCCUAAGGAGAAGUCCGGCACGCGCAAGGAGCUUCUGAUUGCAAUUCGACACAUUAUUAACUACAAUUGCCGGAAAAUCUUCCUACCUAAAAUCGACGAGCUCCUCGAUGAGCGCACAUUGACUGGCGAUGGAUUGACAGUAUACGAGACGAUGAGGCCCCUGGCCUAUAGCAUGCUCGCGGAUCUAAUACACCACGUGCGAGACUCCCUGAGCCCAGAGCAGAUACGCAAGACGGUAGAAGUCUACACCAAGAAUCUGCAGGACCCGUUUCCUGGGACCAGCUUCCAGACCAUGAGUGCGAAGCUUCUACUUAACAUGGCAGAGUGCAUCGCGAAGCUGCCUAAUAAGGUUGAUGCCCGUCACUAUCUCAUGAUGAUCCUCAACGCCAUUGGGGACAAGUUUGCUUCCAUGAACCGCCAGUACCCCAAUGCCGUUAAGCUUUCGAAAAUUUAUCACCAGCAGCAGGAGAGCAGUGCGUCGGAGACGUAUCUCGCGGACAAAGAGAGUCCACCUGACUGGGACGAGAUUGACAUAUUCUCUGCUAUGCCGAUCAAGACUUCGCACCCACGCGACAGAGGCUCCGACCCGGUCGUUGAUAACAAGUUUCUUUUCAAAAACCUUAUGAAUGGGCUCAAGAACACGUUUUAUCAGCUGCGAACCUGCAAUGUGGGAACACCGAUUGAUCCGGCAAACGCGCCUUCACACUGGCAAGAAGUAGCCUAUGGCUUUACUGCGGAAGAGGUCAACGUAAUAGUCAAACUCUUCCGUGAAGGAGCCUACGUAUUUCGAUACUAUGAAAUAGAGAAGCCGGCGACUGAAUCGCAGUACUCUUCACCUGUCGAGCAAAUGGCGAAUUUCUACAUGAUAUCGAGCUCGAAAGAGGAGAAGGACCUUCUAGAGACAUUUGCCACGGUCUUUCACUGCAUUGACCCGGCUACCUUCCAUGAAGUCUUCCAGCAAGAAAUUCCACACCUCUACGACAUGAUCUUUGAGCAUACCGCGCUGCUACAUAUACCCCAGUUUUUCUUAGCCAGCGAAGCGACGUCGCCCAGUUUUUGUGGCAUGCUAUUGCAGUUUCUCAUGGAUCGAAUCGACGAGGUUGGUUCGGCCGAUGUCAAGAAGGCAUCCAUUUUGAUCCGUCUUUUUAAGCUGGCCUUUAUGGCUGUGACUCUAUUUGCCGGUCAAAAUGAGCAGGUUCUCCUCCCCCAUGUGGUCAAUAUCGUUACCAAGUCGAUUGAGCUCUCGACCAAGGCAGAGGAGCCUAUCAACUACUUCCUCCUUCUUCGUGCACUUUUCAGGAGCAUAGGAGGCGGCAAGUUUGAACAGCUCUACAAGCAGAUCUUGCCACUGCUGGAAAUGCUGCUCGACGUUCUCAACAACCUGCUAAUGGCUGCACGUAAGCCAGCGGAAAGGGACCUUUACGUUGAGCUCUGUCUGACGGUGCCUGCUCGACUGAGUCAUUUGCUGCCUCAUUUGAGCUUCCUUAUGCGUCCACUCGUCGUUGCUCUCCGCGCCGGCACCGAUUUAGUUGGCCAAGGGCUUCGUACACUCGAACUUUGCGUCGACAAUUUAACUACGGAUUAUCUUGAUCCGAUCAUGGCUCCAGUGAUUGAUGAGCUCAUGACUGCGCUUUUUGACCAUCUGCGACCGCAUCCUUACAAUCAUUUCCACGCGCACACCACCAUGCGCAUCCUCGGUAAAUUGGGAGGUCGAAACCGCAAGUUCAUGUCCGCGGCUGUACCACUCGCCUAUAAGACAUAUGCAGACGAUUCUUCCAGCUUUGACGUUCGUCUCAUUGGUUCCAAGAAUGACAGAGCUUUCCCUGCCGAUUUGGGUAUCGACUUUGCAAUUCAGAAGCUUAUGGAAGUUGUCAAGAACGGCAAAGGCAACCAGGCCAAGCAGUGCGAGGACUAUUAUAAGAGCCAAGCGCUACAUUUUAUCAAAACUCAGCUGAAGCUGCGCAUCGGGUACGAUCAAUUACCAGAAAAUUUGCCGCGUGUUGUUCGAUUACAGGCCCAAGAUCUGCUUGCCCGUAAACUCGACAUCAACUUUGCGCCCUUUGAGAUAUUGAGCCGCGACAAGUCCGUUUCGAAGAAAGAUGAGCAAGAUCAAAUCACAAAGCGUCUGUUGAAGGCCGUCAUGUUUGCCUACUCGAUUCCCGACUUCAAAGAGAGUGCUUCGGCUUUCAUGCAGAAUAUUUGCAGACACUUCGCCCUGAUCGAGAUUGGAAGGUCACUCGUCGACUUCAAGCGCACAACGAGUCCAUUCGAUCCAAAGGCCGGCGAAGGGCCGCUCUUCAUCGAUACUCGUGUACUGUCCGAUGCCAUUGUCGAGUCGUUGGCCUCUGACCACCCUGAUGUUCGUGAAGCAGCUCAAACUGCCAUUCACGACCUUUUCCAGUGCGCUGCUACCGUGUUCGGCUCCCCCGACAAUGUCGGCCGCCUGCCCCUGUUUAGUCACCUUAGCAGCACCUUCUGCCACAGCUGCUAUGAGGAAGAAUGGUUUACAAAGGCCGGAGGCAGCCUCGGCAUCAACUUUCUUCUCACUGAACUUGAUUUCGGCGAUCAAUGGGUCGCGACGAAGCAGAUGGAAUUCAUCCGCUCGCUCAUGUAUGUCAUCAAGGACAUGCCUCCUGAUCUCCCCGAGAAAACGCGAUGCCUUGCCCAAACCAGCUUGGAAGUGCUCCUCCAUCGCAUCACCAAGAACAUCAAAAAGGAGGACGCGCUGCCUGUCCAGCAACAGCAGGGGCAGCCCCUAGUCAAGCAGCCAAGUCUCGCGCAAAUCUGCAUGCAAUUCAACAAUGAAUUGUUUCACAUGAACAAGUUUGUGCGCGAGACAGCAAGGGAGUCUCUCGAGCUCAUUGCCAAGGCUGCCAGCUGUGAAGUCUGGGAACUGGUUGAGCCGUACAAGGACCGGUUCUUGCAACCCAUCUAUGCCAAGCCACUCCGCGCUCUGCCAUUUGCUAUCCAGAUUGGAUAUAUCAACGCCAUGACGUACCAUAUGAGCCUCAAGAGCGACUGGGUCAAGUUUGAUGAUAACCUCAACCGACUGCUAAUGGAGUCACUUGCUCUUGCCGAUGCCAGUGACGAGUCGUUGGCCAAUAAGCCAGCGGAGUACCGCACUCACGAGCACAUUGUCAACUUGCGCGUUUCUUGCAUCAAGCUUUUGAGCAUGGCCAUGUCCUUCGAAGACUUCAACAACGGUCCUACCAAGGGCAAGAUCCUGUCAGUCUUCUUCAAGUGCCUUUACUCGGACUCGAAGCCUACAAUUGCUGCGGCCAACGAUGCUCUCAAAUCUAUCCUGCUGGUCGAUCGGAGGUUACCUAAGGACUUACUUCAAGGUGGUCUGCGUCCCGUUUUGCAGAGCUUGUCAGACCCCAAGCGACUUAAUGUCAACGGCCUUGAAAAUCUGUCUCGUCUACUGAAGCUACUUACAAGCUACUUCAAAGUCGAAAUUGGUGUGCGCUUGCUGGAUCAAGUGGAUGGCAUAGUUGACCCUAACGCCUGGCAGCAAAUUUCCUUCACUUUUUUCGAGCAAAAUUCUCAAAUGAAGGUUAUCGCAGCUAUUUUGUACAUUUUCCAUCUCCUACCCCCUCAGGCCGAGACUUUCAAAGAGCGACUGAUUAAUACUCUGCUUGAGCUCGAGGAUCGACUGAGAAGAACACACCAAAGUCCGUUCAGGGAGCCCAUGUAUCUGUACUUGAACAGAUAUGCUAAGGAAGUCUGGGGCUUUCUAAUCAGCAAGAUUGAUGAACUUAAGUACGGCAGACUCCUUGCCCAAGUGCUCUUACAUCCUGACAGCGGCCCAAUGCGCGAGGUUGCUGCAGCAGAAUUUGAGACCCUCCAGAAGAAGUGCAAUGAGGUUAUUGGCCAGAAUAACGAGAAGAAAUUCACUGCCAUGGUCAACACCAUUCACAUCUUACACUCCCUUUCGCAGUACCCCGAUGCAUGCGGAUGGAUGGACAAGAAGGAGUAUCUGAACUGGCUGAAGAAGAUAGGCAAGGAUCUUGAGAGCCACCUUUGUAGCUAUACCUGUCCUGCCGCCAUGCGCCUUCCUGCUCACCAGGCAGCCGAGCAGCUCAUGGAUGUUUUGGUCAAGACUCUGGAACGAUCUCCAAAGGACUUGGACGCGCUGUUCGGCCUCAUUGAACCCGUCACGGCCGAGGAGCUCCGCUCGACCCAGGCGCUUUUCUCGUUCAUCUACAAGAAUGUCAUUUCCAGCUCUUCAAUCGACUUCUGGAGAAGCACGGUGCUCCGUUGCCUAGAUGCGUACUCCGCCAGAAAUGUCUCGAAUAAGACGAAAUAUUUCCUGCUACACAAUAUUGUCAACCCAAUCGUUGCAAUGGAUGUCAUGAGACGCUGGAAUCGGCCGGAGCAAGACAAAUCACAACGUUUCAUGGACAAAGCAGUCAUUGAUGCUGUGAGCUCCAAGAUUUGGAAGGUCCAUCCAGACAUGGCUUCAGAUGAUGCAGCUGGUAUUGAUCACACGAGGUUUGAGGUUCUCCAACUCUCGGCAAUGCUUGUCAAAUAUUACUACACCACCUUGCAAGAGGCUCGCAAGGACAUCAUCAAGUUCGGUUGGACAUAUAUCCGUCUGGAGGAUAUUAUCAACAAGCAUGCCGCUUACGUCGUCAUCGGUUAUUUUAUUGCACACUACGAAACGCCGACUAAGAUUGUAAAUCAAGUGUACCUAUCCUUGUUGAAGACAAACCAGAACGAAGGACGUGCCUUGGUGACGCAAGCUCUUGAACUCAUCGCACCCGUGCUGCCCAAGCGCUGUGCUACUCUGCCGAGCGAGAAAUUCCCUGCUUGGCAAGUUGUACCUCGCCGCAUUCUCGCCGACGAAGGACACAAUGUUCAGCAAAUGAUGAGCAUCUUCCAGUUUCUUGUGAAGCAUCCGGAGCUAUUCUACGAAGCGCGUGAUAAGUACAUUGUACUCAUCAUCAGCUCUCUGCGCAAGGUUGCCGUGCCACCAAACCCUUCCCAUGAGCACAAGAAACUGGCUCUCAACAUGAUGUGGUUGAUCUGGACCUGGGAGCAAUGGCGCGUCGAAGGCAGGAGCGGUAUCAUUGGCGGGUCAGUUUCUCCCGUGUCUAGGAAGCGAAAGCUUGAUAGCACAGAUCAGCCAGUCGUCUCACCGGCACCUGCCAAGACGGUCCCCGAGUAUCUCAUACCUCCGGGUUUCCGGCAAAAGAUGCUGAAGUUCCUCGUGGAGUUUAUCGCUCAGCUGAAUGAGCGUUAUGUGCUUCCUUCUGCCAAGCCACGGGAGCCAACUCCUACGACUAUGCCCGUACCGCAGACAUCCAGCGAGCUUUGUAAAAAGGCCAUGUCGUUGCUGCACCACUUGGUGCAACCUCAGUACUGGGGCGAUCUGGAGCUUGACUUGUUUCCUAAUGUCACCGACGUCAUGCUCGCCAGUGAGAAGACUCAAGUCAUCCUCAAUGCCGAUCCCACAGACAAGGAGAAGUAUGAUGAGAAAUUUCUCACGAGCAUCAUCAAUACUCUGCAAGUCGUCCGCAUCCUUCUGAAUGCCAAGUCAGAUGACUGGAUUCAAAAGAAUGUCCCCGCUGUGCGGAAGGUGCUGGAUCAGUGCCUCAGGUCUGAAAACCCCGAGAUUCAAGAUUGCUUGCAUCUCGAAGACAAAAAAUAUGAUGAUGGCCGCGAUUUAAGAUCAACCGUCAAGCGUGUGUUGGAGGCUAUUCCUGAAGACACCCCGAUGGAGGACGCUGAUGCGGAUGGCGAGUCUGAACCGUCGUGCUCCGAGAUUGUUCAAUACUUGUCUCAAAUCGCGACCGAUCAAAUGAACAAUGCCUGUUACUUUUCCGGUGUCAACAUUCUGUGGUCUCUGGAAGACCGCAAGCCUGCUAUUAUUGACCGGCACAUUCCUUCCCUGAUGAAGGCUCUGCAGAGCAAACAUGCUCGUGAACACGUCCAGCAUUACAAUGCCUUGGCAAACGCCGCCAGCGGAUCUCAGCGCGCUGCCGAUGCUCCCGCUACCACCGGCGAGCUUCCUGCGUAUGAACUGGAGCUCCAGACGCGAUUGAUGAUCAAAGAAAUCCAAGUUGUUGCAUUGAGAAUGGAGACGCUGGGGGACAACAGAAGACCUUUUCUCAGCGUCUUGGCGACCUUGGUGGAAAAGUCACUGCACAUUGAUCUUUGCACGGAGAUCCUGAACAUGGUUGAAGGUUGGGUAUUUCGAGUAGAAGGCUCGUGGCCGACGCUUAAGGAGAAGACGGCCGUUCUUCACAAAAUGCUCUGCUUUGAACACAGACAGGACCCUACCAUGCUGUCCAAGUUUCUGGAAUUGGUGAUCAAGAUCUACGAAGACCCGAGAAUUACGAGAACCGAACUUACCGUGCGCAUGGAACAUGCUUUCUUGAUCGGGACCCGAGCCGCUGAUGUUGAGAUGCGCAACCGUUUCAUGACCAUUUUUGACAAGAGCCUUUCCAAGACUGCCAGCGUCCGCUUAUCCUACAUUUUGACUGCACAGAAUUGGGACACCCUGGCUGAUUCAUAUUGGCUAGCGCAAGCUUCGCAGCUCCUAUUCGGAGCCAUGGAAAUGAACACAGCCAUCCAGCUGCACCAUGAAGAUUACCGAGUCUUGACUGCAUCGCAACUCGCAGCGGUCUACCCCAAGGAUACUGCGCGUGAGCCCACGGCCAUGUCGGAUGACAAAUUUGAUGAGUUGAUGUUAAAGCACCGCCGCUUCAUCCAUGAGUUGGGUGAUGUGAAGGUCAAGGAUGUCAUCGAACCCCUUGCACAAUUGCAGCACGCCGACAAUCAGCUCGCUCACCAAUUAUGGCAGACCAUGUUCCCAAUGUUCUGGUCUGCUACGGCUCGUGACGAGCGUGCCGAUCUCGAGAGAGGUAUCGUCGCUCUUUUGACCAAGGACUACCACAGCCGCCAGAUUGACAAGCGACCAAAUGUUGUACAGUCUCUCGUCGAAGGGGCUGGCAGGACUUGGCCGGACUGCAAAUUGCCCCCCCAUGUGCUCAAAUUUGAGGCCAAGACCUACGAUGCGUGGUAUGCCGCUCUUGUACAGCUAGAGAAUGCCGCCAUCAAGCCCAUGGGUGACUCAGCUACUGUUCGAGAAAGCAAUCUGGACGCUCUUGUCGAAUUGUACGGGGCUUUGCAGGAAGAUGACCUGUUCUAUGGAACGUGGCGGCGCCGCUGCCAGUUUGUAGAGACAAACGCCGGCCUGUCUUACGAGCAAAAUGGUAUGUGGGAUAAGGCCCAGAAAUUGUAUGAAAAUGCACAGAUCAAGGCUCGAACUGGUGUCAUUCCCUUCUCGCAAGCAGAAUACAUGCUUUGGGAGGAUCACUGGGUUCUCUGUGCUCAGAAGCUGCAGCAGUGGGAGAUUCUGCAAGACUUUGCCAAACACGAAAACUUCCAAGACCUUCUGUUGGAAUGCGCCUGGCGCAACACGGAGAUGUGGCAGGACGAGCAGCACCGCGAAGCUCUGGAUAAUAUCAUCAAGGGCGUCAUGGAUGCGCCUACCCCCCGCCGGGCUUUCUUCCAGGCGUUCAUGUCGUUGCUCAAGUACCACAACCAACAGGAGACGCUUGCCGACUUCGGCCGUGUCUGCGAUGAGGCCAUUCAACUUUCGAUUCGCAAGUGGCACCAGCUGCCUGACCGAUUGACCAAUGCCCAUAUACCUUUGCUGCAGAAUUUCCAGGAGCUUGUUGAGAUGCAUGAUGCUAGUGUGAUCUGCCAGAGCUUGGCAAGCACUACUGCUGCUAACCUUGAUCUUAAGUCGGGCGAGCUCAAGCUGCUGUUAGGUGCCUGGCGCGACCGUCUCCCCAAUGUUUGGGAUGACAUUACUGCCUGGCAGGAUCUUGUCACUUGGCGACAGCACAUCUUUGGCGUGAUCAAUCAAACGUAUUUGCAACUGCUACCCCCGCAGGGAGGGCAAAACGGUGGCGCUGCAUCUUCGUUUGCCUACCGCGGCUACCAUGAGACUGCCUGGAUCAUUAACAGAUUUGCCCAUGUCGCGCGCAAGCACAAUCUGCCGGAUGUCUGCAUAAGUCAGCUCAGUCGCAUUUACACUCUGCCAAACAUCGAAAUCCAAGAAGCCUUUUUGAAGCUUCGUGAGCAAGCCAAGUGCCACUACGAAAAUCCCGAAGAACUCAACAGUGGUCUCGACGUUAUCAACAAUACUAACCUCAACUACUUCAAUCCUCAGCAGAAGGCGGAAUUCUAUACUCUUAAGGGCAUGUUCCAGGAGAAGCUGAAGCACAAGGAUGAAGCCGACGCGGCGUAUGGAACGGCUCUGUACUUUGAUAUUGGUGCAGCCAAGGCAUGGGCCGAAUGGGGCCAUUUCAACGACCGCAAAUUUAAGGAGAACCCUUCGGACCUGAAUGCGGCCCGACAAGCUCUCACAUCGUACUUGCAAGCCGCCGGUAGCUACAAGAAUGCCAAAUCACGCAAGCUUCUGGCUCGCAUCUUGUGGCUUCUGAGCCUCGACGAUGCCAAGGGUAGCAUUGCCAUGGGCUUUGAUGACUUCAAGGGCGAAACCCCCGUGUGGUACUGGAUCACGUACAUUCCGCAGCUUCUGACUGGCCUGGGUCACAAGGAGGCACCCCGUGUGUACCAAAUUCUGCUCAGCAUCGCCAAGUCUUACCCACAAGCACUGUACUUCCAGCUCCGCACCAACCGAGAAGAUAUGUUGGUCAUCAAGAAGAAUCAGGAAGCCAAGGAGAAGGCACGCCAGCGACAGCAGUCCAUGGCAAACAUGAAGGCGGGUGCUUCGCCGUCUGUGGUCAAGUCUGACACCCCCAAACCCGACAACGCAUCCCGUCCUGGUACCGCCAACAAUGGCGAUGUCGUUGUCAAGACUGAGGGCGAUUCAGCGGCUACGCCAGCAACCCCCGCUACUGUAGCCGCAGCCUCUACUCCAGUGCCCGGGUCCGAUGCCAAACCCCCAGGCCAAACUGCGCAGACCGCGCAAACUGGGCAGAACGGGAAGAAGCCUCCGUGGGAGCUCACGGAAGAAAUUAUGGCGGUCCUCAAGACAGCAUUCCCUCUGCUGGCCUUGUCAAUGGAAACCAUGGUCGAUCAAAUUCAAAAGCACUUCAAGUGCCCACCCGACGAGGAUGCUUAUAGAUUGAUUGUGGCGCUACUGAAUGAUGCUUUGACAUAUGUCAGUCGCACGCCGCCGUCUUUCGCUAGAAGCGUUAAGCUCCCUUCGGCGACCGAGACCAACAUUACGCGAUUUGCGGAGACAAUUCUGCCGAGCCAUAUCAAGAAGUCGUUUGAGGCAGACUUUGUGGAUGUCAAGCCAACAAUGUACGAAUACAUCCAUAAGCUGCGUCGCUGGCGUGGCAAAUUCGAGGAGAAGCUGGAUCGCCGAAUCUGUCACACGCCUCUCGAGGCCUUUUCGCCUCACCUGAGCGAAUUUCGGUACCAGAAGUUUGAUGAAGUUGAGGUGCCAGGCCAGUACUUGCAGCACAAGGACAAGAACCAGGACUUUAUCCGCAUCGAGCGCUUCCUACCAAAUGUCGACCUGGUGCGCUCCAUCAGUGCAUCGUAUCGUCGUCUCAAGAUGCGUGGUCACGAUGGCAGUGUUCAUUCGUGGGCUGUUCAGCACCCAGCCGCACGGCACUGUCGCCGUGAGGAGCGAAUCUUACAGCUCUUUCGCCAGCUCAACCAGACGCUGGGACGCAAAAAGGAGAGUCGACGGCGCGACUUGCAGUUUACGCUGCCACUCAUGGUCCCUCUGGCGCCUCAUAUCAGGAUCGUACAAGAGGAUACGUCGUACAUUACGCUGCAUGGAAUUUACGAAGACCAUUGCCGACGUGUGGGCAUGUCAAAGGAUGAGCCGGUCUUGUUCACGCUCGAGAAGCUCCGCGGUGUGCUUGAGAAUAAGGGCCAGGGUAAGGCAGAGCUCACACCCACGGCACGCCUCGAGGUCUUCAAUGCAAUUCAAGAGAAGUGGGUGCCGCCUACAGUUGUCUUGGAGUACUUUCAGAAGGUGUUUCCGCAGUUUGCUGAGUUUUGGCUGUUCCGUCGCCAAUUCUCGUACCAGCUGUCGUCUCUAACGUUCAUGACAUACAUUCUGUUUAUGCACAACCGCUACCCGGGCAAGAUGAAUAUUGCCCGUGGAUCAGGAAACAUUUGGGGCUCCGAGCUGAUGUCGUUUAUGGGAGCCAACAAGCCCUUUUUCCAUAACCCAGAGCCGGUGCCGUUCCGUCUUACGCCGAAUCUGCAAACCCUGAUGGGUCCUCUGGCCACGGAGGGCAUCUUUGCAUGCGCCGUCAUGGCUAUCGCGCGAUGCCUGACUGAGCCCGAGGACGAGCUAGAGCAUGCGUUAACGCUCUUUGUGCGAGAUGAAAUGAUCUUUUGGCUCACGAGCAGUCACCGCAACGGUAUCAGCGAGAGUCAGUUACGCGAGUCGGUGCAGGUGAACAGCGAUAGCAUUGUCAAGCGCGCUGCAAGCUUGGCUCACAACCCGUCGGGCAACUUGCCUGCCAACCAGACAGUCAUUGAUGCGGUGGCCCAGGCAGUUAAUCCAAUGAAUUUGGCGCAGUGUGAUGUUUUAUGGAUGCCAUAUCUAUAG